ACACAAUAAUAUACUCCACUUACAAGUUUACACUGCCAAAGUGAAAUAGUUCGUUGAAGCUAAAAAAUGUUGUCACUGUCUCUCCUAUUCCUCGUGCUCUUUAUCCUUUCAAUCUUCAAAUUUUCCAUUGCUGAUGCGGAUUUCACUUUGCUUUCGAAGAAACUCAAACGCGGCGAAAUCGAAGAUAAGGUUGUUUGGAUUACCGGAGCUAGUCGCGGAAUUGGAGAGGUUCUUGCCAAGCAGCUUGCAAGCUUAGGGGCCAAGCUUAUAUUGUCUGCUCGAAAUGAAGCUGAAUUGGAGCGGGUCAAAACUGAACUUAGUGGUAAGCAUGCUCCCAAUGAAGUCAAGAUUUUACCUCUUGACUUGGCUUCUGGAGAAGAUUCUCUAAGGGAGGCUGUAGAAAAGGCUGAAGCCUUCUUUCCUGGUCAAGGUGUUGAUUAUAUGAUUCACAAUGCUGCCUUUGAACGUCCUAAAGCUUCAGUUCUGGAUGUUUCUGAAGAAAGUCUCAAGGAUACAAUCAAUGUAAAUGUUUACGGGACAGUAUCUCUGACCAAGCUACUUGCCCGUCACAUGCUGAAGAGGGGACGAGGUCAUUUUGUGGUGAUGAGUAGUGCUGCUGGGAAGACACCUGCACCAGGACAAGCUGUAUAUUCUGCUUCUAAAUUUGCCUUGAAUGGGUACUUCCAUAGCUUGCGCUCAGAGCUAUUUCAGAAAGGAAUCAAGGUCACGGUUGUAUGUCCUGGUCCAAUAGAAACAUCUAAAACUGCUGAAGUAGGGAGUUCACUGCAAACAAGUUCCUCUGAGAAGCGUGUCUCUGCUGAAAGGUGUGCACAGCUCACAAUAAUUGCUGCCAGUCACGGUCUGAAGGAAGUUUGGAUAUCUUAUCAACCUGUUCUCGCAGUGAUGUAUUUGGUCCAGUACAUGCCAACAAUUGGCUUUUGGCUCAUGGAUAAGAUUGGUGGAAAACGAGUUGAAGUGGCUGCACAGAAGGGAAAUACGUAUUCAUUAGGAUUGUUGUUUGGCAAGUCAAAGACGACCUGAAUUUUCUCAUUUGUUACUGCACCUUUCAUUGCUGCAGCUAUGAAGAGGGAAGUCAUCAAAAUAAUUCACUGGAUUUGGCCUUGCCUAACAUGAUUGUGUGUAGAGUUUCGUUGAACCUUUGAUUCUGCUUGUAUUUUUUGAAUCUUUUCACAACUGUGAACAUGUACUUAUUAUCGCAAUUGUGUGAAAGUAGACAUGAAUUUCUGCUACUGCAUACAUAGUCGUAAGUCGUAACUCUACUCUUACAGUUAUCGAAACUCAACACUGCUCAUACAUAAGUGGGUGAAACCCUUUUUAGUCGACUUUGGCCUUA